AUGCAGCAUUCUAAGGGUUUCAAGCCAGGCAUUCGUCCACGGAGCGCUGUGCCCCAGCCUGUGAAGGGGAUUCCACCACCAAGACCAGCUGGCCCAAAGUUUGCUUUUGCUGAGCUCCCAAUCAGGGAGCACGACAACUCUGCAAACAGAGCGCACAAGAGCCUGCUGAAGGGCCUGGAAAAUCGAGACAAGGAGAGCCUUGCUGAGGAGAUAGCGGCGCUGCGCAAGGAGCUGUUGGAGACCAAAGAAGCAGCCACCAGGGUCAAGCAGGAGAAGCAGCGGAGGGAGCGAGACCUGCACUUGCUCGGCAAGCAGUUGGAGGACCUGAAGUCUCAGCAAUUGCUGAACGCACAGCAAGCAGAGAAGCAGAAGAAAAGGGGCGGGAAGGGUCACCACGACGAGGAAUUGAAUGACCUGCACUGCACCUUGCAAGGCGCAGCGGAAGAGGAAGAAACCGCAGAAGUGGAUGAGGAAAGUGCGCAGUACAUAGGCCAGUUGCAGCGGCUGAAGAGCGUUCUGGAGCUCUUUCGGCAGCAACAGGAAAAUGGCGCUGCGAACAGCGUCCUCGUCGAGAAGCUCAGAGCCCGGGUGCAAGAACUAGAGGCGGCAAACUUGCGGCUGGAGGAAUGGACGACGACAAUGAAAGUUACGCUGGAGACGGCGCACAGGGAGUGUGUACAGGCCAAACAAGAGGCGGCGUCCCUCGCUGCCAAGGGUCUCGCGCACGACCAACUGCGCGCAGAAAAAGCCCUCGCGGUCGAGACGGCGAACUCCGAAAGGAGAAUGCGCGAGACCCUGGAGGCAAAAGUGCGCGAGUUGUCCGCCGAACUGGAGCGCGCGGCCGCGGGCGGCGCGGAGGCGAAGAGAAGGGCCGCGGACCUGGAGCUGCGGCUGCAUACGAAGGACGAGGAGCUGACGCAAGUCAAGAUUCAGCGCGAGCGCGCGCUGGGUGAGCUUGUCGGCUCCUCUUCCGAGCGGUCCAAGGCGCUGGAAGCGCGCGCACUGCUCGCGGAAGAGCAGCUGCGCGCGGCGCGCGAACGAAGUAAAGCAACGGAGGCGCGUGCGGCCGAGGCCGAGACGAAGCUGGAGGCGUUGAACGUCGAGAUCGCCAAGGAGAAGCACGCCCUGCUGGAAAACGUGCGCGCGCAGGAACAAAGGCUGCAAGACCAAAUCGACGCCAUGGAAAAACAAGGCCUUCAAAGCGCGGAGACGGUUCUUAUACAACAAAAGGAGGCCCUGCGGAGGGACCGAGACGCUAUCGAACGGCUGGGCGACGGCCACGACGAUGUGGACGGGGACCCGAUCACAGGGCCUCCCACAACGCGGGGCGGAAGCUGGGCGGAACCGUUCGAGCGACGGAUCGCGGGUUGGGUUUCGGAGCUUCACGACGAAGUCGCGCGCGCCGCGCGCGAUCUGUCGGAGGGGUGUGCGCGCGUCGCACGCGCGCAUGCGGAAGAUGUGCGAGUCCAGGCCGGGAGGAGCGGGCGGCAGGGCGCGCUGAUGCGCGCGCAGGCGGGGACCGCGCGCCGGAGGGAGGGCGACGCGGCCGCGCUGCUGAAGCGGCUCGCAAUUGCGGAGGCGGCCGUCGGCGCCGUGAUCCAGGGCGGGCUUCCGGAGAUUGAAGGAGCGGCGGACGAGUCGCUGCGCAUUCUGACGGAAAUGGUCUCCGGUUCCGGUUCGGUCCCGGAGCAGCAUGGAACGGAGAGCGACGUCGUACGGUACUAUUCCCCCAGCGGGGCGCAGGAGGUGCUCCACCAGCUGCUCUGGUCUGCCAAAGCGAGGGUGCUGUACGACGUGGCAGAGUUUGCACGGGACCUUAGGAGUGUGUUGCUGAGCUGUUCCCCGGGAGUCGGUAACGGGCUUCUCACCGUGACCCGGCGGCUGGCGACAGUUUGCACGAACUGGGAGCUUGCGGUCGCCCUAAUAUGCCCUCGGUUGGGCCCCGGUUUAGAUGACCCGGUCGAGCAAGAUCCGACCGCUGCCAUAAGCUAUGGGGGCUUUGUGCUGGAUGCGACAGAACUAGAGGCGGUCGCAUCGCGCGCACUCGGGUCGCUGGAGGAGGACUGCGGGGUGGUCGUCGAGGCGGUUUGCGCGGGAUGCGCGCGCGUAGAAGAGGAAACGGAAGGCCUCGCGCAGCUGAUUGCGGCUGCCGCGGAGUGGCUCGUUCAGCUGACGCUCACCGCGCACGCGCUGACGUCAGCCGCGCUUCAAGAGCCGGAGAGGGAAGCGGGUCUGCCGGGUUAUAGCGAAAGGAAUGGGGAGACGGAUGCAUUGGGCGAAGCGGCUAGUGAAUUCCGGAUACAACACUUUCAGCGGAUCUUCUCCCUCAUGGUUGCGGAUCUUGGAAAGCGCGUUGCCGCGAUUGCGGAGGCAGCAAACCGGGGUGAUAUUGCGUCUUCUAUUGGCGCCGUGGCCCACGGAGCGGUCCUUGAGAUGGGAAUCGCGUUCGGCUCGAUUCGAUUGCUGACAGUCAGCAGCCUUCCUGGCGGCAAUCAAUUGCUGGAGGAAGGGCAAGAAACCGCCGCUCCCGAGCUUGCGCCCGGCAACGAAGAGGUCUUCUGUAAUCCGGACCAAGAGCUUCAGACGGUUACGAUGUUUGGGAGACCAGUGUACCCUCUUGUGCUCCCAGAUUACGUGAUGCUAACGGACCAAAAGGACGAUCCUCUCAGCAUUUCUCGUGGUGAACUUAGAUCUAUAGCAGGUGCAGAAGCAGGUUAG